GUGAGUUCAGCUCCCCACAGAAGAAGCAGUGCGUGAGUAUGGCUGACAGUAGCGGCGGUUACUUAGCUGUGUAGUGAAGACUGUAAACACGGCUGUUUGUGUGGAGUGUGCUGGAGCUCUCUGGAGUUCUCUGGAGCUGUCUGUCAGCGCUGUGUUGGAGGAACAGGGCUGUUAAUGGUGAGAGAGUCUGUGAGCUGAGAUGAGUGAUGUUGUAGAGAAAACACUCACAGCUCUGCCGGCUCUGCUGGCGCUGGACUCUCAGCCCGGGGCCGCUAAACUCUCCUCCACCUCCAAACUGGGACAUUUAAUCCGGAGUAUCACUGAACUCUCCUCCAAACAUGAAGAGGAGAAGCUUAUCAGUAAAGAACUUGCUGCUAUUAAAGAUCAGAUUUCGUCACCCAAUACGACCAUGAGACAGAUGAGGGAGCUCAUGGUGAGAGCCAUGUACUGUGAGAUGCUUGGAUAUGAAGCUGAUUUUGUGUACAUCCAUGCUAUCAAACUUGCUCAACAAGGCACAGUACUUGAGAAAAGAGUUGGUUACCUUGCAGUGUCAUUGUUUCUUAACGAGAGCCAUGAACUGCUUUUGCUGCUGGUUAAUACAGUAUUAAAGGAUCUUCAAAGCACCAACCUCAUUGAGGUUUGCAUGGCUCUGACUGUUGUUAGUCAAAUAUUUCCCAAAGACAUGAUACCAGCCAUUUUGCCACUGGUAGAGGAGAAGCUUUCACAUCCAAAGGAAAUUAUAAGGCGAAAAGCUGUGCUCGCUUUGUAUAAGUUCUACCUAAUAGCUCCAAAUCAGGUGCAGCAUAUUCAUGGCAAAUUCCGGAAAGCCUUAUGUGACAAAGACCCUGGAGUCAUGACCUCAUCCUUACUCAUCUACCAACAGUUGAUAAAGGAGAGCCCUGCCAGCUACAAGGAUCUGACGGGCAGCUUUGUGACCAUCCUGAGGCAGGUGGUUGGAGGGAAGCUGCCCCUGGACUUUAAUUUCCACAGUGUGCCGGCUCCAUGGCUUCAGAUCCAGCUGCUACGCAUCCUCUCACUGCUUGGGAGAGAAGACCAGAGCACCAGCGAGCUGAUGUAUGAAGUCUUGGAUGAAUCCUUGCGAAGAGCAGAAAUGAACCACAAUAUUACUUAUGCUAUUCUGUAUGAGUGUGUCAAAGCUAUCUAUACAAUACACCCAAAAGCUGAUCUGCUGGAAAAGGCUGCAAGAUGUAUUGGGAACUUUGUGCUGUCUCCAAAGAUCAACCUUAAGUAUCUAGGCUUGAAAGCUCUAACAUAUGUUGUUCAGCAUGAUGCCAACCUCGCCCUGCAGCACCAGAUGACGAUUAUAGAAUGUUUGGACCACUCAGAUCUCAUCAUUAAGAGAGAGACCCUAGAGCUGCUUUUCAGGAUCACUAAUGCACAGAAUGUCACUGUGAUCGUGGACAAAAUGUUGGGGUUUUUAAAACUCUGUAACGAUGACUACACCAUUAUUGAUCUUGUUGGGAAAGUGGCUGACUUGGCUGAAAAGUAUGCUCCAGACAACGAGUGGUUUAUUCAGACUAUGAACGUGGUUUUCUCUCUUGGUGGGGACCUCAUGCAGCCGGACAUUCCCAACAAUUUCCUCAGACUGCUUGCUGAGGGAUCAGAUAAUGAAGAAGAUGACAAGCAUCUGAAGCUGUAUACAGUGGACUCUUAUCUAACUGUGUUAAAGGGGGACUGCUCCCGUCUCCCCCAGCGCUUCCUACAGGUCGUCAGCUGGGUUCUGGGAGAGUACUCCUGCUUAAAAGAGGAUGAGGACCAGCGGGAAGUGAUCAGCUUGCUGAACAAGCUGCUGGAGCAGAGAGGAGUGAGCUCAGAGACCAGGAGCUGGGUGUUGUCUGCCCUCACCAAGCUGUGUGUGGGCCCAGGAUGUGCAGAUCUGGCAUUGGAGCUGGCUGACAGCCUGUCCUCCUCUCUAGACACAGUGCUCCGCCAACAGGCCCAUGAGCUGCGCCUCCUCAGUCAGGACUCACAGCUCCAUGCUCGGGUACUACCUCGCCCUGCUCCCUUGGACAAUCUGGAGGUGGACUCAUCCCUCUCCUUCCUGGAUGGAUUUGUGUCUGAUGCUCUAGCAGCUGGAGCUGCACCAUAUAAACCACCCCACCAGAGACAUGAGGAGAAUCAACAGAGAGCUCUGAGUUUGGAACCAUAUGGACUCUCUCUGCCGGUGAGCCUGUCUUCCUGCACUCUUACAGACAGACAGUCUCCCACUCUCUUCUCUGUGAGUUCCGGCCUCUCCGGUAACAGCACUGAACCAACCCACAGAACAGGUGCAAAUACGCUUAUGCUGGAGGGUGUGAAGAGAGUCUGGGGGAAAGAAGGGUACCUACCUCAGAAAGAGCCUUCAGGAACGCGAGUGUCAGUGGAAGAGCCCAGCGAUGUAGUUCAGUCUCCUCACCAGCAAGGGACAGCAGAAACUUUAACGACGCAGCCUGAAACUGAGCCUGAACCAGAGCCUGCACAGCUGGACCAGGAGAAACAGCAGCUGGCUUCAUCACUGUUUGUUGGACUGGGCUCUCAGAACUCUAUGUCUUUGUUAGGGAAAACUGAGGCUGCAGCUCCACGAUUCAGAAGAAAGGGCCGUCAUCAUGAGUCGGCAUCAUCAUCAUCAUCAUCAGGCGCCAGUGAGAUGUCUUCCAAUUCCUCCCAUUCAUCCCACCACACAGCAGACAGCUUUUUGUAUGGUGGCCUGCUAGAAGAGGAGCCAGCUACACCCAUACAAAGCUUGUACCAUACCCUAAAGUCCACCACGGCCAAUGGCAGCCUUGACUCCAGGCAGCAUAGCCGGCCAGCCAGUGGUAUGGGUGAAAACGAGGGUCGUGACAUUGUCAGUGUAAAAGAGGACAAGCAGUCAAACUCCUCACAAAUUUUAGGAAGUGACAUGGUAAUUGUAAGACCCAGCAAAAUGGCAGAAGAAGCUGUAGUGCCACCUCAAAACAGCAGCAGACCACUGCCGUCCACAUCAUCCCACAGUUCUGACUAUAUGAUUCUACAGUUACCAUCUGAGUUGCAAGGACUGCCACACUCCGACAUCGUGAAGAUGACUGCUGACUCCCACCUGUCUGUGUCUUGUUGUCGUGUCUUCAGAGAAGACGCAUUGCUACUUGUGUUCCUCCUCUCCAACCCCACAGAGACAGCUCUCCGAGAUAUAGCAGUUGAGCUCAGCUGUAAGGAGCUGGAGACUGCAAGUCUAAAAGGAAAUGUGAUUGAGUGUCUGGACGGCAGGAAUUCAUCCGUGUGUCGCUACACUCUGCUGAUGCAGAGACCUCACACUCAGGUGGUUUUCACUGGAUUCGUCACAUAUCAAACACAGCCUGGACACACACACACCCUGCCCUUCUCUGGCAACCUCUCCACAGCUGACUUUAUCAGGCCCCUGGUGCUAAGCACAGAGGAAUAUGGAAAAUUGUGGUUGUCAUUCUCUAAUGAUGUGAAAAAGAACUUACCUCUCUUAACAAAUACUGGAGAUUCUCUCUUAGCCACCCUGAAUGCUUUGAAAGACAGCCUUCAGCUACAUAUAGUAGACAUCAUUGGGUCCGAGGGUAUUGUGGCCUGUCGUCUGCUCAGUGGCGCCCCCUGUCUGAUGCACUGUCGUGUGAAUGAUGCAUCUCUGGCUGUGUGGAUGCGCUCUCCCCUGUCUUCUCUCUCUGACUGUGUACUGUAUCACUGCCAGAGAGUGCUAGAAGAACUUUGAGAUUCUGGAAUUUGGUGGCUCAUCUGCCUGCUGCAAUGUCUUACAAUCUUCUUUCUGCCAAGGAUAUGAACUCUCAGCCACUGUUGUGAAGGAGGAGCCUGUCUGUGUUUCCAAUGCAGACCUUAAAAUCUUCUCUAAAAACCUGAUUGUAAAGCAACGUGUGUACUGUCCCUCUCUAAUUCACUUCUUUACCAUCUAAAUGAUUGAUCACUAUCCGAAUGGCGUUUUGUCUCUCUAAUUUAACUCAAAUGCUGGACAACACUGUUGACACGUUAACAGAUAUGUGCAUAUAAAAUAUAUAUUUAUUGAUUUUA